AUGGCAUUGGACCCGUACUAUGAUAUGAUAGCAGACAUGGCAAGAAAUGGCCUGUCAUCGACAGAGAUUUUGGCGAACCUGGGAGUACAUGGAAGUGGAAAAGGAUUUUCGACAAGAAAUAUCAGGAAAUACUGCGCUGCAAAUGGGAUCAGUUUGGGAAUCCCACACGCACGUCUAGAGCUGGAGGUAGCCCAAGCCAUAAUGGAGACUGGACCAAGUUUUGGAAGAAGAAUGAUGAAGGGGUAUCUUUCCACUAAAAAUGUGCAUGCGGGAGAGGCAAGGAUUGGAUCAGUGCUGAGAACUAUUCAUCGGCCAUACCAUGAAGAUAGACGCCAGGGUUCCAAAAAUCUGAACCCCAUACCAUAUACGGCUGAAUACAUGGGUCACAAGAUACAUCUAGACCAAAAUGAAAAAAUUGCCAUGUUCGGUGCUACCCAUGUUUUAGCCAUUGAUGGCUUCAGCAGAAUGAUUGUUGGAUUUUCCACAAUGCCCAUCAAGAACAAUCUUCUCAUAUAUGAAAAUGUAUUCAGAAUCACAUAG